GAUAUAAAGUCACGUUGGUUUAAGGUUAUUUCUUUUUUGUGUUAUUUAAAAAGAAGAAUUAUCCGGUAAAAAUGGGAAAAGUUAGGAAACGUAAGCCAAAUAAAACUCAAAAUAACAUAGUCGCAGAUGUUUCCGAUGAAGAACUGCCGGUGGAUUCAAAGGAAAAUGUGAUUCAAACAAUAUUGGAUCAACUACAAGCGGCAAAUGUGGAAGAGAAAUACUGCGGUUUGCAAACCUUUGCGUUUAUUAUUGAAAGUCCGGAAAAUAUAGAGCAGGCGAUAGAACGAGGAGUAGUUAAAGCUGUAGCGCCUUUGUUAUUGGAUCCUGCUGGAUCAGUCAGAAAUGCUGCAGCAGGUUCAUUGCGGAAUCUUUCUGCAGUGCAGCUAGAAGUGUGUGAUUCCUUGAUGGAACAAGAUAUUAUGACGCCUUUAAUAUGUUGGUUUGAUAAGCAUGCUGAAAAUUGGACCCCAGAUAAUAAUUCUAAGACAAAAAUGGAGGAUGUUGAUACUUUUAUACAGUGCAUAAAUCUUUUACUAAAUCUGUGUGAGAGUUCAGAAUUGGCUGUAAAAUAUUUAGGACAAUCAAGAGUUUUAAGUAUAUUGCUACCAAAGUAUCUGGACAUAGGUACAUUUGGUUGUGACAUAGUUGCAUCUGUGCUGCAAUGUUUGUUCGUUGUGGUUGAAGACAAUCCGGACGUUAUGGAAAAAAUAAAGUUGACAUGUGAAAAACAAUUACAAGAGCUUAUGAGUAUAGAAGAUACUGAUCCGUCAAUAUUGUUGAUAAGAACGUUAUCUGCUGGAGUAAUAAUUAACACUUGUGGUGGUAAUAUGGCCGUUUUACCAGUGAAUGUUAUAAAUCAAAUAGUUUCAAUAUUAGCGAUGACAUUAUCAAUUGAUCAUAGGUUAGUUUGCAACCAACUCUCUAGUAUUGUGCCUUUGAAUGAUGGUAGUGGAAAGUUUGAGCCACCGAAAGGAAAAGAUGCACAAAUGUUAGACUGUCAGUUGAAAUCAGCGUCACAGAUUUUGGAUGCACAGCAAAGGUCGAUUGAGAUUAUAGCAAAUAUAUGUUCCUGUGAUGAUGCAAGUGAUCAAGUGGAAGGACCUGAAUCAUCAGAUAGUGAUGAAGUGGGGGAUGAUGAGGAUAGUAACGGGGAAGGAGUAGUUCUUGCAGAAGAUAAGCUGCCACCAGAGAUUCUAGAAGCAUUAAUCUCAUUGAAUAUAUUUGAGAAAGUUUGGGCAAGAACACAGCUACCUGCGGAAAACGUUAUGUUAAUACUAAAGGAAUAUGAAGGAUCAAAAUUACUUCAUAAAAAACUGCAUACAUUACAAACACGAGCACUGUUGUGUGUUAACAACAUGUUGUCCAGCCUGCCUGUUGACAACUUGGGUGGUGUUAACGGUAUUUACAAGAUAUGGAUAGAUGUUGGUAAGCUGGUGUUCAAGGAGAGCUCAGAGAACCUGUACAUACUGGAAUCUGCAACCGCUGUAAUGAGAGCUGCCUUGGAUAAAAUAAAGUUCAGGGAAAAUGGCAAAUCCGGAGAAUGUGAUCUGUUUAGAGACUUGUCUUUAUCAGACAUUGAGAUGAUGAUAACAGGUAUCAGGGAUUGUCAAGUUCCAGAGAUUAGAUCAAAUCUUAUACGUAUGAUUGGAAUCUUGGCAUUGUUACUUGUGAACAAGUUGAAUGAAACAAGUUCAAAUGUGAUAUGUGCCAUUACCGACUUCAUACUUGAGCAGGCUCAUAAAGAAAAUGAAGUGUGGGUGUUGGCUGAAGCUAUUGACACAUUAGUAGACCUUUAUUCUGAAGAUGAGACCGAUGAAUUAGCAGCUAAAGUUAAAUUGGUUGAAAAGUUGUCUAUACUAGCUCCUAUACUAAAGAAUAAGGCAAGACAACAAAGAAAACUUCCUAAAGAAUAUAAAGUUCUCGUAUCCACUGCUACUUCUAAUUUACCGAGAUUUAUUAAGUACAAGAAGGGACGAGUUGCUAAUUUAUAGAAGAUAUUCAAGAUGCAACAAGUGAA